AAGUGAUAUUGUGAGACGGAGUAACAACUUAAUAUCAAGAGAGAAAGCCGCCAUGUUUAGAAAGACAAGAAACAAAGAAAGCUAUGGCGACGAAUGUUUGUACGGAAUGAAGAAAACUACGUAUUUGGAAAAUUAUGAUUUAAAACGUUUUCCGUAUCCUGGAACACGCAGAUACAAACAGUUGAUUUAUCAAUCUUUAGAUGGAGGGAUGAUCAUCUCGAAUGAUGUUUUUGGAUUGACAAUCAGUCAAUUUGAACGCGAGUUUAGAGCUUGCUUAGAAAGAAGAAGAACACAAGAGCAAUGGAUACUUAAUCUCAGAUAUCCAGACAAAUCUUCAAACGAAUAUAUCGAAAACUUACAGGACUGUACAGACCAAGGGAAAUGGCUAGGAGAUGAUUGUGGAGAAACAAAUUUAUUUAAACACCUCAUAUAUACUGUUGGUACUGAAAUAGAUAUACGUAAUAGACAACGACUCUGCAUCAUAAAUGAUAUGAUAUACAAUGCAACGUCGGAUACUCUUACCAGAAUAUCAAGUGGAAGUUUAGCAGAGGGAUUGGAUUUACCUGGCAGUGACCGAGAUGUAAUGCACGUUAUCAAUACUGUAGACGUAAUACAGAAUACACGAAAUAUCAAACCGUCAUCAGAACGGCCUACACUGGUCAUGGAGACCGAUUCUGAUCAUCCUGGAUUUACUAAACUCAAAUUGGUAACAGGAGAGUUUGAUGAAUCUCUCUUGAUACCAUCUAUUUCUUUUGGAGAUACUUGUAAAUGUUUUUAUCUAUCAUCAGACAGCUUUGUUAACAGUAGUCGUCAGCUCUAUUUGAAUAUGCCGCUAUCUUUACAUGGUCCAUGUAUAUCAGACCAAGACGAAACUUUUGAUAUUGCAUUCUGCCUACGCAGUAAAGUUUUACCUUAUAACGCAAAGCCAUGGGCUUGGCGUUAUCGGAAACAGUGGCCACCUAAUUUUGUAAUUGAAAGAAUCACUACUUACGGAUGUUUGUUAGUACCUAUAGGACCUAAAGCAAUAUCGGAAAGUUUCGUAUUAUGGAGAUUGUCUUUCUCUGUGGCAGAAAAACUACUUGCUCAUUCGUUUAAUUUCACACAACUCUUAUGUUACAGUCUUCUCAAAUUAACUUUAAAGUGUAUCAUUAACAAAAACAAGGACCUCAAAGAUUUGUUGUGUUCCUAUUUUUUGAAGACGGCUUUAUUCUGGGUCUCAGAAGAGGAAGAUAUUGAAAUAUUUCGAUUGUCCAAAUUGUUUUAUUGUUAUUCUCUCUGUCUUGGUAAAUUAAUAUCGUGGAUAGACAAAUGUUACUGUCCUAACUAUUUCAUACCUGAACACAACAUGUUCUUAGGAAAGAUCAAUCAGAGAAACAAUAAAAUACUUCUUGGCAUACUUAAAAGCAUAAAAAGUGGUGGGACUAGAGGAUUGUUAAAUAAUUUAUUUCCACAGAACAAUAGCUUUUAUAUUUCAUUAGAAGAAUCGAGGGAACAGUCGUCUGGAAAGUUAGACAUACUAUUUUAUAAAGUAUUUUACAUACCAUAUUCGAACGAAAGAUAUAAGUCACACUAUUAUAAAGAAUUUGAAUUGAUUGAAUAUUUAUUGAAGUCUGAAUCUUCUAAAUUUAUCAUUGGUGUAUGUAAAUAUCACUUUGCUAAAAUCAAUCAACAUUUAGCACAAUUACUACCGCCUAUAUUUGCAAUUAAUAAAACGUACAUGAUACACAAUUGUUAUCAUAGACAUUUACAGGACGGCUUAAAGACAGAUGCUGUGUCGGGUUGGUUGUUAUACGCGUCGUUUUAUUACGUGACAGGACAGUACAAUGUAACUCUAAGACUAAUACAUUAUAUUUUAUCAAGAUGUACACAUAAUAUGUUGUUUAUGGGCAGUAAUAUUUACACUGAAGAUUGUUUAAAGAAUUACAGACAAAAUGUACAUUCCGCAAUGACUUUGAACAACAGGAUGAAAAUAGCUACUGCAGACUGUGUUAUGUACUUGAAAGACUCUUCAUUAAUACCCACAGAAUUAAAACUAACACAGGGAGACGUGACCAUUUUUGUACCGCCUUUGACCAUGUCGCACUUUUUUCGAUUUCUAUGUUAUCAUCAUCUUGGUGAUAUUCCAAACAAACGACAUGCAAUACGUGAUUUAAAGUUCACAUGUACAGUUGAAGAAAAAGAAUGUAUGGAAUAUUCUCCACAUUUGAAUUUAGAUAUACUUGGAAUAUGCUAUGAACUCUCCGGAAAUAACUACAAGACUUCUUAAUGGAUAACACAAUGGGAGAAUUAUGUUCUUUGUCUUUACUCGUUUUUCGUUUUUCGCCAUGGCAGUUCUAGUUUGUAACAAACUUAUGAGUUUCAAUAUUCCUUUGAUAUUUUCCACCGCUCUUUUGCCUAGAAUGAAAGAUAAUUUCAACCGUAUUAAGUUUUAUUAACAGUUUUCAUUUUAUGAUUUAAAAUUAUUAAACGAACAAUCUGAUUAAAACAAAUCGAGAUACUUUGUACACGCUUUGCUAACAACUCUUCCUUUUACUUAUGUGUUCAACCCUUUCCUAAAUUGAAAUCUUACAUGUCAUUGGCUGAUGUAACAAAUACAAGAACAGAAAGUAUGUCGCCUUCAAAGUGUUACGAUUUAAAAUAUUCGUAUUGAAUAAUCUUUGGUUCAUCUGCUUAUAAUCCCUUUUAUCAUUAAGUUAUUGCAGCAAUUUCAUUAAUCAGCUGUUUCGAUUCAACCUUUCAACACAUUGUUUUUUCAUUAUUAUACCUUUAUUAAGACGCAAUCAUCCAUAUCCAAACAACGCAGUAGCCGAUCUUUUUUGAGCUGCCAAUAUUAUUUAUGCAUUGGCGAUUUUUUAAACGAGGUUGCUUGCUAACAUAACAAACGUUCUGA